GGAGGAGCUGUGGGCUUUGAAAUGUUAUAUAUAUAUACUGUAAUACCAAGAAAGAGAAACACCAAAAAUACGUUCAUUAUUUUAGUUUGUUUUGCGCUACAUUUGUUUUUGAAUUUCUAUAGUUUUGACAGCUUUUUAUGAUGACUCCACUGUUUUCGGUUGGAAGUGAAUGCAACGAAAUAUCGAAUAUCCUUUUCUGCAUACAACAAAGGUGUUUUUUUUGUUAGUUUUUCCUUUGUUUAAAGCAUAAAAAUGGAAGAAAAAAUGGUGUCCAACCUGAUUUACUAAAUGUGUCGUAGGUCAGAGACACUAUUCGUGUUUUUGUACGUGGAGGUAGCGGGGCCCUCAAAGGAAACUGGCCAGUCUUGGAGGUGCUAUGAAGUGUCCCAGGUUAGUGGAAAGUCAGAAGCUGGAUUUCCAGCUGGGAGAGGCCCUGGCCAGGGAAACACGGCUCUGGAAGGCAUUGGUCUUCAAGAAUGGCAAGAUUCAGGGUACAGAUAUCUCUCCCACACAGCAUGAUGAGGUGGUUUUGUGGCUCUUGGAGUUGUGCUCCCGGUUUCAUUUCUACCCAGAAACCUUUGCUCUUGCAACCAGCAUUCUCAACAGACUUCUGGCAUCAGUCAAGGCACAGCUGAAGUAUCUUCGAUGUAUUGCCAUCACCUGCUUGAUCCUUGCUGCAAAAUCCAAUGAGGAGGAUGAUAUGAUUCUGUCGGUCAAGGACCUUGCAGUGCAGAGUGGAUGCAAUUGUUCUCCAGCUGAAAUUCUGAGAAUGGAGAGGAUCAUAUUAGACAAACUGCACUGGGAUCUUUACAUUGCAACAGGGGUUGACUUCAUCAACAUUUUCCAUGCCAUGGUGAUGUCCAGCCGACCCCAUCUUCCAGACCUCCUAGUUCAGAAGAACCCUUCCCUCCACGCUGCAUUCUUGACCAGGCAGGUGCAGCACUGCAUGGCCUGCCACCAGCUGUCACAGUUCAGAGGCUCCAUAUUGGCCUUGGCAAUCAUAACUUUGGAGCUGGAGAGGUUGGCUCCAGAUUGGUUCUCUGUUUUUACUGAUCUGCUAAAGAAAGCACAGAUUGAAAGUAUUGAAUUAAUCCGAUGCAAAGAACUGGUUGACCAUCAUCUAAGCAGCCUUGAAACGUUCCCACCAAACACUGUGUACAUUUUCCAUCCAGCGAAUCAAGACAUCAUGGCCCACCAGAUGUAUUUUCAUCCAAACAAACAAGACCUUGACCAGCCAGAUAUCCGCAGUGCCGUGCUGCAUUCAGGGCUUCCAGGUCUCUCGAGAUGCCAGCCUGAAAAGGUCCAAAUGAGUGGAAAAGCAAUGGAGGUUGAUGAGUUUUAUGACUGAUGUCGGAUACCUCUGGAGUGAAGGGAUUACAUCUGAGGUUGGAAGAAGCAGUGACCAUUCAAAUGAUGGUGAUGUGUUAAAAACUGGAGGAAGAACCCCUCCACGUCCACCCUGCACUCUCCAUUAAACUAGCCUGAAAUGAGGAAGAGGAGUCUGGGAGAGAGAAGAUAUGCAUUCUGACCACUGACUAUUGCUUUUAGUACUCUAUAUAUAU